UGUUUUAACCCAAAUUGUCGCGUAUUCAACUUCCCUCGGUUGCACACUUUUCCCCUCGGAAUAUUGAUUUUUUCUUCUUUAGUUUUUUAAGGUCACAUCGAGAGAUCAGUGCCGGAAAGAGAUAGAGAGAGAGGGAAGGGGAAAUAGGGUCUUUCAGCUGUGGAGGAAUCCAAUUGGAGACGACCCAGAUGGCCAGAGCUCUUAUUUUGUUCAUUUUCAAUUCUUGAAGUAAACGCUUUCCCCUGAAGAAAUUUCUGCAUUUAAAAGUAAACUCUCCACUCUCCUCAGCAACAAGGCCUUCAUAUCUUUCUUCCUUUACAUGAUUGAUUACCCACUUGGAUUUUCGAAUGCAUUUUUCAUUAUGGAUCGAUUGUGUUGAGUUAUUAGUUUUGAGAACGAAGUAUUUCAGAACAACUUCUGCGGGUAACUGGGUUUCGGGGGAAAACCCUUUUGUUAGAUGGAUCGAGAAGAAACAGAGGGUCCUAAACCCAUUGUUGAUUUGGUUAAUAGCGAUAGGAUCGAGGCCACCAUUGUGGUAAUCCCAGAAGGCGCCGCCUCUGCUGGCGGCACGCCGGGGACUGAACUUGUUAAUCGAGAGACAAGAGAGGGUUCGAAUAUGAACCCAUCAGAAACUGUAGUGGUUAUUGAUUCAGAUAGAACAGCAUGUGGGGUUGAAGAUGGAGAAUCGAUUGAGAAGAAGAAUGGAAUGGGGUUGAGGAAGGAUUUUGAAAAGAGGAAUGUAAAAUCGAAUAAGGAGAAUCCGGUGUUGAUAAAUGUAAGGCAAAAAGGGGGUAAAGGGUUUAAUGAAGAGUGGAAUGGAGAAAGGGUGUGUAGGAUCUGCCAUUUGGCUUCCGACCAAGCUUCAGGGGCUAAGACUGGGACCAGUACUUCAGAAUUGAUUCAACUUGGCUGUGACUGCAAAGAUGAGCUGGGAAUUACGCAUACUCACUGUGCUGAGGCAUGGUUCAAGCUCAAAGGAAACAGAAUGUGCGAAAUUUGUGGCGAGACCGCGAAGAACGUCGAAGGAGUCGGGGACAACCGAUUUAUGGAAGAGUGGAACGAGGGAAGAUCAGUAGAUAGCAAUGGAAACAUAUCAAACAGGGGUGGGAGAUGUUGGAGGGGACAGCCAUUCUGUAACUUCUUGAUGGCAUGUCUGGUAAUAGCUUUUGUUCUUCCAUGGUUUUUUCGUAUAAACAUUUUCUAGCAAGUGUCGAAUAAUACAAAUGAUUGUUCUUUUCCAUUUUAACUUUGGUUGAAUGCUGCUGGUUAAACCCUGUAAAUCUUACCAUCUUCCUAAACCCAUGAAUUUGUGGCUGUUUCUUGUUGCUUAUGCACUGCAGUUUCUGCUGCUUCUGCCUCAUGAAUUGUUCCAAUGUUUAUCGUUCAUUCGUUUAUCACAGUUUGUAUUUUGGUUGCA